AUGUCGGACUUCGAGAACGAGCUGCUAGGUCUGGCGGAGGAUGACCCGCACACCUCCAAGAAGCGUCGGGGAGAUUCUAAAAAGUCCAAGGCGAAGGCGUAUGCCGACUCGGACUCUGGCUCCGAGAUGGACAUGGACCUCGAAUCGGAAGAAGGAGAAGGGGAGGAUUCGCGCCCCGCCCCAGUGAGCUCUAAAUCUGGAGGAAGGGGCAAACCGGCGCCUCGGACUGCUGCGAAGGGGGUAGCGAACCCUUAUCCGGUCGAGGGAAAGUAUCUGGACGAGGAUGAUCGCGAUGAAUUGGAUGCGAUGCCUGAAUUUGAGCGAGAGGCUAUCCUUGCGGCGAGGCAGGAGGAGAUGCAAAAGUAUAAGGAUAGCCAGCAGCUGGACGCCAUGUACCGGAUGGCAGGGAUGGGUGGGGAAGAAGAGGCAGAGAGUGAGGAAGAGCCGAGUCGGAAGAAGCGCAAGCAUACAAGCGUAUCUAAGGAGGCAUCACGGGCAAUGAAGGACCUGAAGAAUAAGCGGAAAGCGAAGGAUGAGCGGGAUGCUCGACGAGCGCAACGCCGAGACCGCCGCCAGCGCUCCUCCGAAGCUUCGUCCGGCUCAGACGAAGACGGCGAGAUCUCCAACUCCCGCGAGGCCCCUCCUACCCGCAGCCGCGCAUACUCGCCUGAUCGAUCGCCAGUCGGCGCCGGUCGUCGCUCGCCCAAGCGCCAAGAUACCGCGAGGGACAUGGACACUCUCCCACCUAAUGCGGCAGAGCUCAACUCGGCAAGGAUAGGGCGGUAUGAGAUUGUGGAGAUGAUGUAUAAGGAUGGGUUUGAGGCGGUUGCUGUGGGGUGUUAUGUCCGGAUCAUGGCGGCAGAAACGGAUCAAUACGGUCGACCAAAGUACAGGAUACACAGAAUUGAAGAGAUCCAAGAUGGCAGUCAUGGCCGGUAUAACAUCGAAUACAAAGGCAAGGAAAUCUCGGAAGACCGAGUCCUCCUGCUGUCCUAUGGCAAAGGGAAGAGGCUGUUCCGAAUUGCGGACGUUUCGAAUGGGGACAUCGAGGAGACCGAGUACGAGCGAUUCUCAGCUACCAACCGAGCGGACGGGGUGAAGACGCCAAAGCGGUCUGACCUGAAGCGGAAGCACGACGCUAUCAAGGAAAUCCGGGACCGUGCCAUGUCCAGUGAAGAGAUCAACCGCCAAGUCGAAGCUCGGAAACGCUCCAAUCCCGCUCAACAGCGCCACAAGAUCACCAUCGAAAUAACCAACCUCAUCACCUCCCGCAAUCUCGCGGUACGGCGCAACGACCAGUCCCUCGCCGAGGAUCUCAACCGGCAGAUCAUCGCUCUCGGUGGAGACCCGCAGUCGGGCGAGCUGGUCACGCUGGACAGGGACGAGGCGGAGCGGAAUGCGUCAGAAUACGAUGAUCGCAUCGAGAAGAUCAAUGAGAAUAACAAGCGGAAGGUCAGGGAGCAGAUGGCCAAGGCGCAUCAGGGGAGUUUGGCGAGGAAGCGCGCGGAAGAGGCUAUUGUGAGGGAGAAGCAGGCCAAAGUGGCGGCAGAGGCAAAAGCCGCAGCUGAAGCAGCUGAGAAGGAGAAGGCGGCCAAGGAGAAGGCAGAGCGGGGUGAGGCUGGGCCGGACGAAAUCCUGCCUGGCGAGCCGGUAUCGGUGGUCUUGCCUACUGGAGGGAUCAAGAAGGGCGAGACACCUCAGCAGUACAUCGCCAGGACGGUCGACCUUGAUCUCGGCGAUUUCUGA